CAAGUAGUAGCGAGCGGCGGCGGUAGUGUGUUUUUCGCGUGAAUGUAUGCGUGCGCUUGUGUUAGUUGUGUGAGUGUGAGUGUGAGUGUGUGCGAGCAAGAGCAGCAGCGUACCACCGAGUGUGGGUGUGUGUGUGUAAGUGUGUGGGUGUGUGUGUGAGUGCGAACGGUGAUAUAUAGAUAACAGCACCGCGCGCGCGUUUUUGGGCACUACGCGCCACCUCACCGCCCGUUCACGCGCACCGUGUGCCACCACCGCUACCACCCCCACCCCCAUCAGUACUGUCAAACACACACACACACACACACACACUCUCCUCGGCCCGUGUGUAUCGUCCGCCACCACCACUGCCCGCCACCGCAGCCGCCGCGUAUAGUGGUGUCGUCGUCGCCGCCGCCGCCGCUGCCGCCGCCGCAGCCGCCGUCGUCGUCGUUGUCACCGCCGCCGCCGCCGCCGCCGCCGUCGUCGUCGUCGUCGUCGUCGUCGUCGCCGUCGUCGCCCCGUCGUUAUUGUUUUCGUGGUGGUGCGAACGAGUAACAACAAUAACAAUAAAACCGGUGUCGCCUCUAAACGAGCCGUAGCCUAGUGCUGGCCUCCGCCCCGCCGUCGCCGCCGCCGCCGCAGCAGCAGCCGCAGCCGCCCUCCCGCCGGAAAGCCACAAAAAUAGGCUGGCCUAAUGUUAUGGGGUGUUUUGGAAGCGCCGCGGCCAAGACGGACCACGACGAUGCGAAAAAGGGCAAGGAGACGAACAAAAAGAUAAACCAGCAGCUGCAAAAGGACAAACAGGUGUACAGGGCCACACACAGAUUACUGUUGUUGGGAGCUGGAGAAUCUGGUAAAAGCACAAUUGUUAAACAAAUGCGAAUAUUGCACGUAAAUGGAUUUAGUGAAGAAGAAAAAAAACAAAAAAUUGAAGAUAUUAAAAAAAACAUUAGAGAUGCCAUAUUGACAAUUACAGGUGCCAUGAGCACACUCACCCCACCAGUACAAUUAGAACACCCAGAAAAUCAGUUUAGGGUCGAUUAUAUGCAAGAUGUCGCCUCCCAACAUAACUUUGAAUAUACAACGGAGUUUUAUGAACACACAGAAAUACUGUGGAAAGAUAGAGGUGUACAGUCUUGUUUUGACAGAUCUAAUGAAUAUCAACUCAUUGACUGUGCUAAAUAUUUUCUCGAUCAAGUACACAUUAUCAGGCAACUAAAUUAUACCCCUUCGGAACAAGACAUACUUAGGUGCCGUGUUUUAACUUCUGGUAUAUUUGAAACACGAUUUCAAGUUGAAAAAGUUAAUUUUCAUAUGUUUGAUGUGGGAGGCCAACGAGAUGAAAGGCGUAAGUGGAUACAGUGUUUUAAUGAUGUCACUGCCAUCAUAUUUGUGACUGCUUGUAGUAGUUACAAUAUGGUUCUUAGGGAGGAUCCCACUCAAAAUCGACUCCGUGAGUCAUUAGACUUAUUCAGAAGCAUAUGGAACAAUAGAUGGUUGAGAACGAUAUCAGUAAUAUUGUUUCUGAAUAAACAAGACUUACUAGCAGAAAAAAUCAAGGCUGGUAAAUCUCGGCUAGAAGAUUAUUUCGCCGAAUUCACCCGUUACCAAACGCCAAUGGAUGCUACUCCUGAUCCAGGAGAAGAUCCUCCAGUUAUUCGCGCCAAAUAUUUCAUCCGAGAUGAGUUCCUUCGCAUCAGUACUGCCAGUGGCGAGGGUAAACAUUACUGUUAUCCACAUUUCACCUGCGCUGUUGACACUGAGAACAUCAGACGUGUGUUCAAUGACUGUCGCGACAUCAUACAGAGGAUGCACCUGCGCCAGUACGAGUUGCUAUGAUCUCUCCCUUACCCACUCACAUAUACAUACACAGGUCUCUUAAUUAUUCUGCAGCAAUUUUGAUAUACCUAUCUACGAAGACUAGAAUAAGAAGACCAAAUACAGAAGGCUACCCACUUGAAAAAUGACCCAAAAGAGUCAAACUAAUAAACGACCAGAGGCUAUGCUGCGGUCAAUUUGUUGCUAUUUUAACCAGGAAUCACAGGUUAUCAAAUCCAAAAUCAUUUCAACAAACCUAAACAUUUCAGUAGUAUGUAAUUAAGAUUGAUUCCUUGUGGUGAGCGUUCUUUUACAAGCAGCCAAAUAAGGUUUUUGCAUAAGGAAUACAUAUCUAGAUAUUAGGACCUUUGAAGAUAUAUAGGUACCUAUGUUUGCCUAGUCACAAUUUUAGAUAAUUUAUUAGCAGAAGUAGUUAAAAAAAAUUAACAAUUAAAUUAAAUCCUAUACAAUUAUAAAACGUUUAAUUUAAUAUUUGUUUUAUUAUGUUCAAUGUCUAGUACAAUGAAUAAAUUCACCAAUAAAUACAUUUGUUUUUUUUUUUUGCUUUUAAAAUUGGUGAUACAUUUUUCUAACAUAUAGUAAUAUUAUAGUAUGUAAAAUUACAUUGUCAAUGGUUAUAUUAUUGUUAACUAUUAUUUACCAGGUACAAUAAUGUCCUAACCUAAUGAUUAUAUUAUUUGUAUUAAUAAUGGAUACCUAGUUCAAGCCUGUUUACUACAGUUGAAUGUCCAAAUUCAAUGAUGUAAAUAAUUGUAUGCAUUAAUAUAACUUUUUUAACUAUAUAAUAUUUGCAACGUUCCAUUACAAAAAAAAAAUCGCACAAUUGAAAGUAUAUAUUUAUUAUUUAAAUAUAUAUAAAUUAAUUUUUAAUAUUACCGUUAUGAAUGUUAUACCAGUAAAUCCAAUGGUAAAAUUUCCAAAUCUUAUGUAAUUACGUGUAUAGACAAAUAUAACUAAUUAUUAUAUUAUGUUUGUAACUUACUAGUUUCUUUAAAUUAUGUAUUAUUUGUUUCUUGUUAUAAGUCUUAUUUAUAAGUUAUUAUAUAUUUUUUUUCUCUGGGAUAAUAUAUGCAUUUUUAAAAGAACAACAAUUUGUUAACAUAACAGAAAAGCAUAAUUAAAAAUUGGGAUAUAAGUUUCCUGUGCUUAUAAUCAAUAUUAAUUGUGCAACAUGAACUUAUACCAAUAUUAUGUUUAUAUUUAUUUAUUUAUUUAUUUACAUUUAAUUUUCUUUUUGUUUGGUGCUGCUUGCUUAUACUUCCUUCAUCUCUCCAUCCUCCGUUAUUAUCAAUUCUUGUAAACUAAAAAAAAAAAAACAUGUACAAUUAUUAAAUCUAGGUUUUGAUUUUUAAUUUUCAUAAGUUAACCAGUGUUUUUUUUCUUCAGAGGGUGAUAUUAAAACUAGGACUUUUUUAAAAUGUUGUUUAUUUACAUUAUUAUUAUUAUUAUUAUUAUUUUUUUUUUUUGUACAUAGAUUUAGUGUGAGGGUCUGCCAAUAUAUAACAUCACCGUGCGAGAGUCAGUUGAAACCAUUAUUGUAAAAUUAGUCGUUCUUUUCAUUAUGUUAUAUUAUGUGUGUAUCUUUAUUUAUGUAUGUAUAUAUGUAUGUAUG